AUGCAGAAAGAGGACAGGGACAUGCGCGACGAUGGGGACGUUGGCGAUGAGAUUGGUGACCGAUGUAUCGUUACGUAUUCCGUUGGUCGGCCUGCUCGGGUAGCGACGCCGCUGACAGAUUCGGAGACGACGCCAGCUACAGAAGAGAAGGAAAGCGAAAAUUUAAUCGCUAACAACACUCCUGAGAGUGUGAAUGGACCUUUGAAUGCCAGGAUCAUUGAAAGAGGCGUUGAUGUUGUUGAGAGCCUGCCCGAGUCCUCGGACGAAGAAGUGGUCUUCAAGGGCAGGGCCGCACCUGCGAAUAGCAAAAGCGUUAGGGAAAAGUCCCGAAAUCGCAUUACUGAGAAAGCCAGAAAAUUGGAAAAUCAUACCAGUCGCGAUGAAAUUCCGAGGAAAAACAGCCCAGAUGUCCAUGCCGAUCAUCAACAGCAACCACCAGAGGCAGAUGACUAG